AAUAUCGCUGCGACAAUCAGCAGCCUGGAUGUCACUGUCCAACCAGUAGCCCCGCCCCCUUGGGGCGAUAUCAGUCAGAUUGAAAAUCGCCCCAGGCGCUCUCAUAGACUUACAUGUUGAGACUCGUUUUUUCAAAAAUCGAACGAUACAAUGCAUUUCUAUGGGCUCCGGGGGGGCUUGCCCUAACGUGAUUUCGUCAUACGCAGUUACGCACUGAUGCGUGCUCGGACGUACAGUGCGCGCGUCUGGCGGUCUCCGCCGAAUCGGCGGUCGAUCGGCGGAUGAUUCGGCGGCGCCGAAUCAUCAUGGCUGGCAACUGCAAUUCCAUCGUUUCCCUGAGGGAAUUACCGUUCAGUCGUCGAAGCAAUGCGGAUAAAUUGGCUGUUAAAGAAUUGGGACCACCCAGACCAAAUUUAAACAUCAAGCAGGUGUCAACAAAAGCGGGGAAAACAUACAGCCGCGGAUUUUCCCGGAGCUGGUACGAGCGGAAAACAUGGCUAGCAGGUUGUGAAGUGGCUAACGCUCUGUUUUGCUACCCCUGUGUGCUAAUCCACCCGGAUGCCAACACUGACACCGCCUGGACAAAGACGGGUGUCACUGAUAUGCACCACCUCUCAGAAAAGGUGAAGAAACACGAAGCAUCGAAGAUGCAUAUGGACAGCUGCCUAAAACUGUCGGCAUUUGGGAGAGUGAACAUUGCCACACAGCUGGAUGAGAGCUACAGGAUAGCCGUGCGCCGUCACAACGAUGAGGUGAGCAAGAACCGGCACAUCCUAGGCCGCCUUAUCGACUGUGUGAAAUUCUGUGGCGUGUUUGAGUUAGCUCUGAGAGGCAAGGAUGAGAGUGAGGGGUCCAGCAACGCGGGGAUUUUUCGUGGACUGGUUGAUUUAGUGGCGUCGCUGGACGAGGUGUUUGAGGAGCACUUAAGAACGGCCACAGUCUUUAAGGGCACAUCAAAGACGGUGCAGAAUGAGCUGCUGGAUUGCAUGGCAUCUGUCAUCAGAGAGCGUAUCGUGGAGGAGCAACGGCCAGCUCCAUUGCCGAUGCAAUUUUGGAGAGACUGAAUAGCGUUUUCACUGAUGAUGAUAAGUGUAAACUCAUUGCGCAAGCCUACGACGGUGCCAGUGUGAUGAGAGGAGAGAGAGCUGGUGUGCAGCAAAAGGUACGAGAAGAGUACAAAAAUGCCCAUUAUUUGCAUUGCUACGCACACCAGCUGAAUUUGAUCAUGCAGCAGGCCACUUCACACAUCUCAGCAGUGAGAGUUUUUUUCUCUGACCUUGGUGGGAUUUCCAGUUUUUUUACCCGGUCACCCAAACAAUCCUUUGCCAUUUUGGUUAUUCUCCGAUCCCUUCGAAUAGUUGUUUUUCUUUUUCUUCCUCACCUGGUGGUGAUGGUUUUGGCUGCCAUUUUAAAGCGUUUGAUAUCAUUUUAGCUGAACAGCCUAUCAUUUUCUGCACUUCUUUAUAGGUUUUCCCCUCUUUUAUUAAUUUCUUAAUCAAAGAAUGCUCUUCUUCUUAACAGUGUCUUAAACAACCCGUUUUACUCUGUUUUUCAAGGACAAAUGCACAGCCAGCAUAUGCAGCAUCAGUUGCCUUGAUCCUUGAAUAGGGGCCAUCUGUUUAACACCUAUUUUUUUUCACAUAAUCAAUGACCUCAAUAGUUGAACCUGGCACUGCUAUUUUUUUGAACACGCCCCUUUCAGUAAAUGAUUCAGUUUCACAGAAUCAGCAGCAUGCACGUCAUGCCUGUUGGGUCUGUUGGUUUUCUAUACCUUUACUAAACCUGUAAACUGUAUAGUGGUAAAUGGAAUAUGUUCUGGAAAAUUUUGAUUAAUUACAGUUUUGAUUAUAGUAUAAUUUGAUUUGAUUAUUGCUAUGGCAUCCAUGAUGGCUAUAAAUUGUAGACUGUGCUAAAAGUGAUUUCAAGGGCAAACUAUUAGAUGACAAACUAUCUGUUAAUGUGUGUUUUAUUGUGGAACCAAAUGUAUUGUAUAUUUUAUGUCUGGGGUUGCAUCUAGUGGUUGAAAACCAAAUUAAACAAUGAGAUGUGACACUGUAAAGCUGGCUAUCUGACUUUUAUUUAUUAUUAUUUUACCC